GUUGCAUUUGUUGUUUUUAUUGUUUAAACAAACAUAUACUCACUAGAUAUUAGAAAGGAAUACCAAUUGAAAUGCCAGGAAUGCCACACGCCGCGUUUCGGCCAUUUUCGGUUACAUUCGACAAAUUUCGGAUAUUCGUUAUUGUGGUGGCACGUUGCCACGCAGUGUGCGCGUUACAUCGUUGUUUGGUACCUUGUUUUCCGUCUUUCUUUUUUUUUAUUCACUUUUUUUCAAUAAUUUUAUUCAAAUCGAACAUAAAACCGUUCGAUUGUAAAGUCAAAUUCGCAAUGACGCCACCAAUGGAAAGAAUACAAAUCCUCGAAACGAUCGAGAAGGAUAUUAUCGUGUGUCUACAGAGUGCAGGCCAAGCUUUUGUGGAGCUCAGUAAAGAGAAAUCUAGCUUGAAACAAGCUGAAGCGCAGACUCAACAGUUUUUAAAGACAUUAGGACACGUGGAAUCCAAGUUAAGCGAACAAAUCAAUUAUCUAACUCAAGUUUCUACAGGACAACCACACGAAGGUUCUGGAUAUGCUAGUCAAAAGGUGCUUCAAAUGGCAUGGCACAGAUUAGAACAUGCACGAAGCAGAGUAAACGAAUUAGAGCGUAUUAAAAAUAAACAAAGAUGAAUGUAUUGAAUGUUUUCUUUUCUGAAUGAUUAUUUUUAAUGUAAUGAUAAUGUGAAUGUUUCAAUCAAAUCUGUCUGGUUUGAAAACCUACACGGUGGAUACGUUCCUAAUAAUGUUCAUUUGAACAAUAAUAAAUAUCAGAUUUUGCAUUUAAGACAAAUAAGACGUUCAACUGAUUCAUAUAUAUAUAUAUAUAUAUAUAUAUAUCUUUGUGUUUUUAUUACAAUGGCACUGUGUGAAGAUUUUACAGAAAGAACAUUCCUAUUGUCAAACUCAAAUUUGAAUCGUGUUAGAAGAUACAAAUAUGACAAAACGCAAAUCAUUAAGAAUUUAUCAAGAACAUUUAAGGUACCGACCCAUCCACAACACCCAUGCUACGUUUCACCGUUGCAGCUAAAGAAAGUCUCGAUCUUCUCUCUUCAUCCAAUUGUUUCGUUAAUAAUGACAUUUGCGACUGUAAAUCUGUCAUUUGAUUUUUCAGUGUUCUAACUGUUUCCGAUAAUGUCCUAUUUAAAAUGAGCGGAUAUGUAAAAGACGUAUAUUAUAUUUAUAAUUAUGGAAAAAAUAGUUGUAACAAAAUUAAA